AAGGAAACUUUUACUCCACGGCUUGAAGUGAUCAGAAAGAUUCCAGGCAGCAUUUUUGCUGCCAAACUUUGUUACUUGAAUCGCUGGCAUUUAACCCCUGCUGCACCCGCUGACCCAGCAGAGGAGCUGCAGAGUUUAGUUUACAUCUUUAAAACCCAAAAGAGUUGAACCUCCUUCCAUGUGAGCCUGACUGAAGUGUGACAGAUUUACAUGUCCUGGUGUUUUCUGCGUGCUUUGGUUUUUCUCUCUUGCUAUAUUUUCCAUGAACUUCAAAUACUUGAGAGAAAACGCUCCUCCCCGCUGUAAAGGUUGCUGAAGGGGCUUCACAUUUCUGCACAGGCAGGUUUAUUUUUUCUUUAAAAGGGAGAUCACGAUGGAGAUGUUUUUAAUUUCACUCUUUUUAGCCACUAUCCUCGUAGUUCCAUUUGUCCUCAGAACCUUCUUCCCGUAUGUUUGGAUGGAUGUUUUGUAUUUCGGGGAUCUUGUGCGCAUUCUGGUGAGGUUCGUGGAGAGGAGAAGGAGGAGACCUUUGUUUUUUGUUUUGGACCGUUUCUUGGAGCAAACAGCUGCGCAUCCGGACAAAAACUUCAUCGUCUUUGAGAAUGAAAGACACACGUUCUCUGAGGCGAACAGAAGGAGCAACCAGAUCGCCAACGCGCUGCAGAAUCACCCCGGAUACGAGGCUGGGGGCACCGUGGCUCUGUUCACGGGAAACGAACCCGCCUUCAUAUUCACCUGGCUGGCCUUAGCCAAGCUCGGUUCCCCGGUGGCUCUGCUCAACCACAACAUCCGCACCAAGUCUCUACUGCACUGCUUCAACUGCUCCAAGGCCAAGGUGCUGAUAGCAUCCUCAGAGCUAAAGGAAGCAGUAGAGGAUGUGCUACCCUCGCUGACGGAGCAGGGUGUCAUCGUCCUCCUGAUGACCAAACACUGCGACACGCCUGGAAUCGAAGGUUUCUCUGAUAAAGUGGACGAGGCCUCAGACGCGCCGCUGCCUCGAUCCCUCAGAUCCAGCAUCACACCCAAAAGUCCUGCAGUUUAUAUCUACACUUCUGGAACUACAGGUCUCCCGAAGGCAGCCGUGAUCAACCAGAACCGCCUGCUGACAGCUCUGGUUGUUCUAUCGUCAAACAGCGUCACUUCGAAGGAUGUCAUCUACGUCAACCUGCCUCUGUACCACACGGCCGGAUUUGUCGUCGGCUUCAUCGGCUCCAUUGAGACAGGAUCAACUAUAAUCCUGAAGAGGAAGUUUUCUGCCUCCCAGUUUUGGGAUGACUGCAGGAAAUACAACGUGACUGUUGUGCAGUACAUUGGAGAGGUGAUGCGUUACCUCUGCAGCACAGCAAAGAGAGACAACGACAAGGAUCACAAAGUCAGACUGGCCAUCGGUAAUGGAAUCAGAGCAGAGAUAUGGAGAGAGUUUGUCAGUCGCUUCGGGAACAUUCAGAUUCGAGAGUUUUAUGCCUCCACCGAGGGAAACGUGGGAUUCAUCAACUACGCAGGGAAAGUUGGAGCCAUCGGACGGGUCAACUUUCUGCACCGGAAAUUGUUUCCCUACAUUCUUGUUAAGUACGACACAGAGCGAGACGAGCCGAUCAGAGAUGCUAAUGGACUCUGUGUGGAGGUCCCCAAAGGUGAGACGGGACUGCUGGUGUCAAAGAUCACAGACAUCGCUCCGUUUGUCGGCUACGCCCAAAACGAGGAGCAAACGGAGAAGAAAAGACUUCGCAAUGUGCUCAAGAAAGGAGACCUUUACUUCAACACCGGCGACCUCAUGAGGAUCGAUGAAGAAAACUUCAUUUACUUUCAGGAUCGUGUAGGCGACACAUUCAGGUGGAAAGGGGAGAAUGUGGCAACAACUGAAGUGUCCGACAUCCUGACGAUCAGCGAGUGUCUCAAAGAAGCCAACGUUUACGGAGUCCAAGUGCCAGGCCAUGAGGGCCGGAUAGGGAUGGCAGCUGUCACUGUGAAGAAAGAUUCUCAGUUUGAUGGAAAGAAAAUAUACAAUCAUGUGGUCAGCUACCUGCCUUCAUAUGCACGACCUCGCUUUAUAAGACUACAGAACGCUGUAGAAGUGACGGGAACUUUCAAGCAGAUGAAAGGGAAGCUAAUGGAGGAGAGUUUUGAUCCAGGACGUAUCCAGGACCCGCUUUACAUCCUCGAUGACAAAGAGAGGAGUUACGUACCGCUGACAGCUCAGGUCUACAGCUCCAUCAUGUCAGGAAACCUCAAACUAUGAACUCACUCAAAGUGUUCACCAACAGUUCAGUCCGGCUUCCUUCAACCCCAAAAACUUGCCAGCAUAUUUUUGGACUGUGGGAGGAAGCCGGAGUGCCCGGAGAAAACCCACACAUGCACAGGGAGAACAUGCAAACUCCAUGCAGAAAGAUCCCAGGCCCAGGCUGGGAUUUGAACCGGGGAUCUUCUUGCUUCAAGGCGAAAGUGCUAACCACUACCACUGUGCAGCCCAAAAAUGAUACACAAAACAACAAGUAAGACAAAACACAAAAUGACAAAAAAAGAAAAAAACACAAGCAAGACAAAAAGUAAACGGAAAACAACAAAAAUAUGACACAUACGACAAAAGUCAGACAAAAAAUGCAAAAAAACAACUAAAAACAAGACAAAAUAUUACAGAAAUGAGACACAAAACAGCAAAAGAACAAUGAACAAUCUAGUAUUUUACUUUAGGAUCCAAACAACUCAUCAUAGUCUAGAAAUGAAUUUAAAUUUAUAGUUUUACAAAUUUAGAAUCUGCAGUUAAUGUCUUCUCUGUAAUUUUGUACACUUUGAGGGCCUUCUAAAGGGCCUCUUUUUGCCCAUGGGCCGCCUGUUUGACCCCCUGAUUUAAAGACAUAUAAAAACUCAUAGAUGGGAGCCUAAGAUGAGUUUUAUAUGAACAUAUGUGCCAAUAUCUGUAAAUAAAAAACACUUUCUUAAAAAUUAAAGAGAUCCAACUGUAAAAGCAGAA